AUGAAAAUAUUUAAGUCAAUUUUCAAAAACAAGAAGGAAGAAGCUAAUUUAGAUAUUAAAGUAGAAUAUUCUUCAAUUUAUGAUGGCAAUUCCUAAACUGUUUAAUUAGAAGACAUCAAAGCUAUCAUUUAAAAUGAAAAAAAACGAAAGCUACUUUUUAGCAGAUAAACAAAUUCUAUACUUGAAGAAUUGAAAGUCUUAUACACCAUUCAUAUGAUGGUUAUUGCAGACUAAAUUAAUGAUUUUGAUUAAGUAACAUAAUGCUUUCAGCAAGGAAAGGUACAGAAUAUACCCUAAAGAAGAUUAUUUUUGGGAAGCCUUAAGAUCAAAGAAACCUAAAAACAUGUUAGGCUAAUCAUACUGUAACUCUCUAAACAUAACAAUAACAAUAAACAAUUGUCUAUUUAAAUUCUUCAGAAGUAUUAUCUAAUUUUAUGAUUAGUUUCCUUCAUAAUUUGAUGAUAUUGAAAAAGAAUUGACCAAACUAUAUUAUUCAUAUUUACAAAGAGCUGUGAAUAAUUGUGAUAUUUAUUACUCUUCUUAAAGAAUGUAAUAUCCAUACUAAGAUGAACAUAAUAAUAGAAGAGUUUAGUAUUUAUGGUUAUUCAAAUUAUUAAAUUUACUCAAUUUUAAAUUAGCUAUGAUUCCAUAUAUUUAAAAGAUUAUUUCCAAAUAAUUACAAAUAUCUGUAUGACUAAAUAAAUUAUAAAUAGAAUAUAGUGAAAGAUAUAACAAUUCUAAUUUAUAAGGAUUGUAUUAAUGAAUACUUGUUUUUUAAGAAAGAAGUCGAAGAAUAAUUAGAAUUUUAUUCAUAAUUUAGUGUUAAAGAUGGUAGUUUAUCAUUUAUAUUCCAAAGCAAUUAGUUUUUAUGAAUUAUAUACUCAAUUGAAAUUUAUUACAGAUAGAUUGAAAUUGUUUCAUAAUAUAAGAUCAUUAUUUAUUAAACAUGAAAAAAUUAAAGAAUUUAAUUGGUUUGUUUUAGAUAAGUAAUUAGAAAAAGAUAUAGAAACUUAUAUACAGAAAGCAAAACUAAUUAAUACAACAUAAUUCAAAAACAGUUUAUAAGUUCCAACCUAAAAAGCCGCAUAUGAGCAUCUAUCAAAAUAAUUACUAUUACCAAAACCUUAAAAAGUAACAUAGCAACCUACUUUAAAAGGACAUUUAUUAAAAGCAAGUAUUAUCUCCAGAAAAUCCAAAGAAAAAGUAGCCAUCCAAACAAAAUAGUUAGAGACUUUAUUACCAAUAUUGAUAAAAAUUAAGAUCUCAUAUAUUUUUAUAUAAAAUAAAUAAUAUAUUUAUAUAUAUUUAAUAUGA